UACUGUUUAAUAAAGAUUUAUGUAACAACUGGCUUUUCAUAGUUAAACCACAAAUUAAAACUAGAGUUUAAAUCAAACCCGAUUUCAGAAUACGGGCCUUGGUGUUGAGAACUCAAAGGUAGAAAAACUGCUGGGUAAUGUGAGAGCAGCCUUUCACUUUUAGGUUUGAUAGAUCUACACUGAAGUCUAAACUGUGAUUGUUAACGUAUGAUUUUUUAAAAUGAAAUUGACAAGUAUGGAAAUAUAGUCUUUGCGAAAGAAAAAUUCAAGUAGAUGCAGUUCACAUUGUAUAAUUAAUUUACAUGUAUUAAACUGAUUGUUAACGUAUGAUUUUUAAAAUGAAAUUGACAAGUAUGGAAAUAUGGUCUUUGCGAAAGAAAAAUUCAAGUAGAUGCAGUUCACAUUGUAUAAUUAAUUUACAUGUAUUAAACUGAUUGUUAACGUAUGAUUUUUAAAAUGAAAUUGACAAGUAUGGAAAUAUAGUCUUUGCGAAAGAAAAAUUCAAGUAGAUGCAGUUCACAUUGUAUAAUUAAUUUACAUGUAUUAAACUGAUUGUUAACGUAUGAUUUUUAAAAUGAAAUUGACAAGUAUGGAAAUAUAGUCUUUGCGAAAGAAAAAUUCAAGUAGAUGCAGUUCACAUUGUAUAAUUAAUUUACAUGUAUUAAACUGAUUGUUAACGUAUGAUUUUUAAAAUGAAAUUGACAAGUAUGGAAAUAUGGUCUUUGCGAAAGAAAAAUUCAAGUAGAUGCAGUUCACAUUGUAUAAUUAAUUUACAUGUAUUAAACUGAUUGUUAACGUAUGAUUUUUAAAAUGAAAUUGACAAGUAUGGAAAUAUAGUCUUUGCGAAAGAAAAAUUCAAGUAGAUGCAGUUCACAUUGUAUAAUUAAUAAACUGAUUGUUAACGUAUGAUUUUUAAAAUGAAAUUGACAAGUAUGGAAAUAUAGUCUUUGCGAAAGAAAAAUUCAAGUAGAUGCAGUUCACAUUGUAUAAUUAAUUUACAUGUAUUAAUGAUUCAUCACACUGGAUUCCGUUUCCCUCAAUUUAAUAUCUUAAUAAGGAAAAAAUGAAUAUUAAACCCCACUCUCAUUUCCUGAAUAAUUAAAUGUAGGGUGGUAGCAGCAGCAGCGAUAAUGUGCGAGUGGUGGUGCGAUGUCGUCCCCUCAACUCCAAGGAGACGGGUCAAGGGUUCAAGCCUGUGGUCAAGAUGGACGAGAUGAGGGGCACUGUACAGGUCACCAACCCCAACGCGCCCAGCGGGGAACCCCCCAAAUCAUUCACCUUUGACACCGUGUUUGCUCCUGGAGCCAAGCAAACUGACGUCUACAACCAAACGGCCAGACCUAUUGUGGAUGCUGUUAUUGAAGGCUAUAAUGGAACCAUAUUUGCCUAUGGCCAGACAGGCACUGGAAAGACGUUUACAAUGGAAGGAGUUCGAUCUCAGCCAGAACUCAGAGGCAUCAUUCCAAACUCCUUCGCUCAUAUUUUUGGGCACAUUGCCAAAGAGCAAGAAAAUGUCAGGUUUCUUGUCAGGGUGUCUUAUCUGGAGAUCUAUAAUGAAGAAGUGAAAGAUUUAUUAGGCAAAGAUCAACACAGCAGAUUAGAGGUAAAAGAGCGUCCCGAUGUCGGCGUGUAUGUCAAAGACCUUUCUGCGUUUGUUGUCAACAAUGCAGAUGACAUGGAUAGGAUCAUGACAUUAGGGAACAAAAAUAGAUCUGUGGGGGCGACAAACAUGAAUGAACAGAGUUCCCGUUCGCAUGCUAUCUUCACUAUUACCCUGGAGAGGAGUGAUAUGGGUCUGGACAAAGAACAACACGUUAGGGUCGGUAAACUACACAUGGUGGAUCUUGCGGUAAGUAGCUUACCCUAAUGGGGCGUUGCAAGAAACGUGCAAUCAUUCACAAGGAAUGUGCAGUCAAUUGCAAGAAACUUGCAAUCAAUCACAAGAAACUUACAAUCAAUCACAAGAAGCUUACAAUCAAUUGACUUGCAAUCAAUCACAAGAAACGUGUAAUCAAUCAUAAGACACGUGCAAUCAAUCACAAGAAACCUACAAUCAAUCACAAGAAACUUACAAUCAGUCACAAGUAACUUACAAUCAAUUGCAAGUCAAUCCUCAUGUCUAGUCAAGUUUGGGUCCCCAAAAUCAGGCAUAGGACUUUCAAUUAGUAGCACAUUUGCACACAUUUUUCUGGGGCCAUCUUACAAAGAGUUACAAUUGAUCCAAUCAAUCGUAACACUAUGGAAAUCCAUCAGUGUCAUACAUUUUUCUACAGGAAAUUUGCACAAUGUCCUUUGUAAACAAGAAGUAGUUAAUUUUUAAGAAAACAAUUAAUGCAUGAAUAUGCAUCAAUAGCUAGAAAAUAUUUUGAACAAACAUGCAUAAUACAUGUUGACGUUCAUACAAUGUAGUUGCGAGUGAUCGGAUCAAUCGCAACUCUUUGUAAGACCUGGCCCUGGUCUGCUUUGUAAAUCAAGGAGUUGAAAUCAAUUUUAAUUUUUACUCAAAUUAUUUUUUGAUGGGGAUGUGCCUCACAAAACUCUGAAAUGGGGGUCUAAGGAACUGACUAAAAGGGUGAAGUACGGGGUCUUGGGAACUAAAUAUAUACCGCGCGGUGUGUGAAAAACAGGGUCUACGGAAUGGGAUCGCGGGGCCGCCGACGAAUUAGACCAAAUGGUUAAUGGUGCAUGUAAGUAGACUUUCUGUUUGUAGACAAACUAGGAUGAGACCAUGCGGACAAUUAAUGAUAAAUGCCAGUUGUAAGGAUUCGAACGACCACCGAAGGGUCCGUAUGUAUUUAUGCCAAAAGAUUCUGGAAGAUAUUGUGAAAUAACUGAGAAAUUAGCAAAGUAAGCAUGUAAUCCCAUCAAAUUGUCUAGUCUUUUUCCAAACAAUAAUAAUACACUGUCCCACAUGUGCUUGUCUGUGUUGGCCAUCUUCAGUGUAAUCACUUUUUUCGGCUUUAUUAGAUUUCAUGAUUUCACAAGGUUUAGUUGUAACUGUCCCGUAGCUAGAUCUGGGAUGAUAUAGUGACAGUUGACCUCGGUUUCACAGACUUACUUUAAAGGUAUAGUGUAUGAUUGGUUGUUCUCAGAAAAGGGUAAUGAAUCAAUUUCAAAAUUAUUACAUUAAUUAAAUACCUAUAUUAUUGCUCGAUUUUAUCACGGAAAAAAAACUUGCAUAACUUUUCUAUUUUCAUGAUAUUGAGGGGUGAAACAUGUAUUAUAUAUUUAUCGGUUAACCGUUUAUACUUAGGACCUUUCUAUUGACGCCCUCUCGGGUUAAAAAAUAAAUUGAUCUUAGAACACUGUUCGAAUAAUGCAUAUUCAUUACGACGUCAUGCAUAUUGAUGAAUACGUCAUCGCGCAUGCGCAGAGAAAGCAAACGUCGAACGGUGCGUGCAAGCUCAAAGCGCCGAUGCCAGCCGGCUAGCGACUUGUUUACGCUUUGCACACAAGCUACCGGUUCACAUCACAGUCACAGGACAUUAUCAUCGCAUGCAAAGUACGUGAGUAUAGUCUACACAUAUAGACCGAAUAGUGCGUGUAUGCGAGUAUCGAUGCACGUUUUGGAAUUUUAAUUCACAAGCAGAUGAUGAGCAGAGAAAAUUGAGGGAUGGGGCAGACAUGACGUACUCGGCAAGAUUUCAACAACAACAAAAAACAGUGACAAAAUAGCUAUUAAUUUUGCAGCCCUGCAAGGAAACUUGCAUCUCGAUUUUUAAUAAUGAGAAGUUCAGUAUUGCUCAGCAGUAAAAGUGUGAUUUUUAUCUGGGGAUAUAUAUAUACAGGACCGAACUCUGUGCUAUAGACCCAGAGUUAUUAAUUCUUCUUUAUUUGCUUGUUUAAAAAGCACAGUCACAUGCAAUCAUAAAAAUAUACACAAAGUACAAAUAAUAACAUGAGUACAGGCAAGAUACAAUGUGUAUUUGGGUCUCAUUCCUAAGACGGUAUUUACAAUGAACGCGUGGGGAAUCCGGGAAGCAAGGUACGUGAAGAAGACUACGCAAACUUGGAGAAGCAGAAGAGAACAGACCAACGUAAUGUGUAAGCAUGGAGCUAUUUAUAGCCCCAUGGUGUAUGAUUUGUGUAUCAAUUUCGAGGAGAUCAACUCGCUCACACACACUCAUGCGAGCCCAUGAGCCGGAAAGUUGGGGGCGGCAGAAGAGAGGGUGGUAGCCUUAUUACCAAUGGACAGAUCUAAAGCUGUAUUCUAUGGACGGAUGGAGCAAUCUCCUUGGAUGGAGAAAUGACUGAAGAUCGAGUGAAGAGAAUGAAUGAUGGAUUGAUAGCUGGGCCUGGGUAUGGGUGUAUUGUAUCAUCCGCCCGAUCAUCCGAUGGAUAGGCCUACUGAUAACCCCCCAGGAUGGACGGAUUGAAUGGAUGAACGAAUGGAUACCAAUGAUAAAAUGAUGAAAUAAAAUGAAUUGGUGGCUGGACAGAUGAGCUGGUCAUGUAGAAAAAAUAGCAGAAAAUACGCAUUCGCUCUAUGUUUAUUUGAGAAAAAAAUGUAAAUGACUGCUUGUACGUGCUUGGCGGUGAAAAUGACAAUUACACGGCUCACACUUUGUUUGGGGGCAUGAGAAGAACCACUUGCUACGGUCAUCGCAAAUAGAUUCUCUGCGUCUUUACAAAAUGAAAUGGAAGUUACAGUACUGUUAGGUAUAUAUGGGUUUCGGGAUGGGUUUACCCCACUUAUGCGUACAUGAUAUGAUCUUGGUACAGGUAGAGGCAGCUGCAUGCAUUGGCCUUCAGUUUUUUUCAUAGUCUUACGGAUUAGACGUAGGCCUAUAGCUACCGUUUCGUGUUCUACCAGUGGUAUGGGGUAAUAGGUACGGCAAUAUGGGUCGCGGAACAGUUUUCAAAGUGGGGGGGGGGGCUGACCAUUCAAAAUAUCACAAUCCUAAUGUCAUUUUUACGUUUUUUGUACACUGUUUUGGAAAUAAGUGAGGGGGCCGGGGGGCUGAAUUCCCCCAGCCCCCCCCCCCCCCGGACCCGCUUCCGCGGCCCCUGAGGCAUGGGUUGUAGGGGAGUUGCACCAUGGUCGCACACAAAGUGGUCGCUAGCUACUUCCACAUGCUCGUCCCAGCCUCUGCCAAGAUUGAAACUUCAUAGAGCAAGGAAAUUCUGAGAUUUGCUAUGUAAACAAUACCGUAGAUUCUGUUUCGGCACGACCAGUGGCGUAACAGGCGGGGGGGGGGGGGCAAGCUGCCCCCUAACGGAUUUCACUGGGAAAAAAAAAAAAAAAAAAAACGGGGAAAAGGGAGGGAUAUUUUAACAAACAUAAGGGUGAAAGGGGAAGGGGAAAGAAAAGGAAAGGAGGAAAAGGGAAGGGCAAGAGAAAAGUGAAAGAAAACGAAGAUUUUUUUUAAUGGAAAAGGACGGAUAUCGGACGGAAAAGGAAUGAAAGAAGAACAUUUGAGAAAGAAAAAAUCAUUCCGAAAUAGGCCUAUAUUUAAUGCAAUAGAAAACAUAGCGGUAAAUGAAGGUCGGAAUGGAAAUAGUCAAAAGCUACAUUGGAAAUC